ACUCCAACCGCGGUCACACUACUGAGAAGUUUUUUUAUAAUAGCUCUAGAAAUACAAUAUUUAUGUAUAUAUUUAUUGUAUGUAAUCCAAUUAUAAAAAAUUGCCAAUAAAAUGAGUUGUUUUCGAGUAUCUUUCUUUAGACGCAAACCUGUUCGGCGCUUAUUUUAAACGCCAAGUGAAAAAUGUAACUGAAAAUUUACUUGGAAAUUCAAGAUGGAGCAAGACAUACAUUUGUAUGUACCGACACGGAUAUAGCUGAAAACCAGUAAUCAUAUUCGUAAGGUGCAGCUAUCUUGUAAAAGAUCGGGCUAUUUAGCAAGCGGGUUAUUAAAGAACUAAACUUCUAAAAACCAAAUCGCUAACGGAAUGCAAGACAGAUUAAAGACGUAGCCUUACUUUUGCCUGGACCCAGUCAAAUUCACAGAUUCAAACUAGCAAUCCACAUUGCAGUAUGUUGGCUCGUAAGAGACGCUUAACUUCCAGUAAAGUGCUUGCCGACCCGCAACCACCACUUAUGGUAGCUCUCCCGAAUUGCAACACGAAAUAUCAGCACAAGCAACAUAGAGUACAGAUAUACUCUGGGAAUCCAUUGAACAUCAAGUUAUACGUGCCAGCGAGUGUUGAGAGUAUGCCAAGUAUACGGAGUAAGGCAUUAAAUACGACGAAAAACCAACAACCAGCUAUGCAUCGAAAGUCCAAAAGUAAAAGCAAGUUCCCAGCUUUCAGCAACCUUUCGCCCCUUCAUUCAUCAAGUGAAAGAGAAAAUAAUCCUUCCGCGAAGCAUUCAUUGGCACUGGAAUCUGUCGAAACAUGUGAAGUAACUUCUGUAGGGAUAGGAGUAAAGGCAUCGCGGCAUUUCUCUAAUAUUAAAAAAGCUGCAAAAAACCAGCACAACAGCAAUAACAGGAUUAGAAACCGAAGCCGCUUGUUUUCUUCGACUCAGUCUACAGCGGUGAGAUGCAAAAUGAUGAUUCCAUUUCCGACAUUUGGCGCAACAUCUUUCGUUACUUUGCUCACUUUAAUUUGUAUGGAGACGGUUUUGCUCUCAACCAUGUCCAGUUGCGCCAAAACGUUCUACAUGCAUUGGAAUACAUCGAACAGCAUAUUUCGGAUUGAUAACACUGAUCACAUAAUCGAUGUUAAUAAAGGCAAUCUUGCAUUUGAGUUUGAUCAGGUGCAUAUAAUAUGCCCAGUUUAUGAGCCAGGGACUUUUGAAAACGAAACUGAGAAAUAUAUAAUUUACAAUGUGUCUAAAGUGGAGUAUGAAACAUGUCGUAUAACAAAUGCAGAUCCGCGAGUAAUAGCUAUAUGUGAUAAACCUCAGAAAUUAAUGUUUUUUACAAUAACUUUCCGGCCAUUUACACCGCAGCCAGGUGGUUUGGAGUUCCUACCUGGAAAUGAUUAUUACUUCAUUUCAACUUCAUCCAAGGAUGAUUUAUAUCGACGAAUAGGGGGUCGAUGCUCUACAAAUAAUAUGAAAGUAGUCUUCAAAGUUUGUUGUGCCGCCGAGGACAAGAACAGAACCACACCGAUAAACAAAUCUAUAUCAGGCGCAGACACUGGGGGAACCAUCAGUGUUAAUAUAGCAGCUAGUGAUGAAAGUCAAGUCCGCGGACAAGGCAACUCCAUAGCUAUUGGAACCAACAUUGGAAUGAGUGGAGGACUAAUUCCAGGAGGACCACAAUCCGCAGGAAUUCCAAUCAAUCCGAUCAACGGCAAUAGUAAUAUAAAUGGCAUAGCAACUACUAUUAAUUCAAACAUUGACCAGUUUAACCGAAUACCGAUUCAACCAAACAUAAUUGGUAACAAUGUGGGAAAUAACGCUCUAGGACCUGGAAUGGUUGGUGGUGGUGGAAUAGUAUUAACUCCAGGCCAUGGUCACGGCAACAUUAAUAUGUUGCAACCGGGACGCGGUGGAAUAAAUGUAGCUUACCCCGGACAUCACCACAUCCAAACAGGGAUCCGAAUAAACAAUGUGCCGACGCACAACAGCUAUCCACCUCAUAAGGGUAAUGCUGACAGCAAUACUAACGGGAAUGAUGACCACCACCAUUACAACAAACAUCCCAAUGAGGUUGUAAAGAACGAAGAGCUCACGUACAAUAGUGCUGCAGCGCCAGCAGAUAGCCACUUCUUUGCUUUGUGGAUUUGGCCCUUGUCAUCUUUCCCACUGCCGUCUUUUGAAUGCUGUUUGUCUGUAUAUUGGCUAAACUCAUCUUUAGUACUAAGCAUUGCUGCAAUCCUCGGAAUCCACUAUCUAGUUGAAAACGCGCUGCAAACCACGUUGCAGCCCUAUAAACCUGGAAUGAUAGUUAUCAGUCCAACUUUUAGCAACAACUUUUUUGACUCCAAACCCGCCACUAUCGGAUAUGAUAGGUGAAUUUGUAACGAACAACAAAUUUUGUGUUCCCUUGGUUAACAUUUAUUUUUUAAGAAUACCAAUAUCACUCAAUAAUUUUUGUCACUCCGCUCCAACUAUGUUAAAAUAAUUAGUCAUAAAAAGUAGUGGACUGGAAAGGUUGGAAUCACAUGAUAUGCUUACUGAUAUUGAUUUGGAAAUGUAAUUGCAAUUGAACGAGUUAAUCUGACUCAAAAUUUAAUAUAAUAGAUCAGCUAGAAAGGAGAAAGGUGAAAUAGAAUUAAUAAGUAAACAAAUUAAAUAUAUCAAGUACAUCAACAGUUAAAUAUAGUGGUCUAGAUGUAACUGAUACCGAUUAAGAAAAGAAGGAGGAUAGCAGAAUGCUAUUGCGAAACAGAUCAGCUGCAAUACAGAGGGCCAGGUACAAGCAAUUUAGCUAUGCAUUUACCACCAUCAAGUGCCUAGCCACUAUGUCGACUGUCCUCCUUAUAAUUGUGUCCUUCUGGUUUUUUUGAAAUCACUAUUUGGGGUAUGUGCGCGUAAAUAAUAUUAUUUACAAGCAUACGCAAAAAUUAUAAGGCGAUGUAGCGAUUAUUAAAUCUUUGCAGCUAUAGCUUUAUUUGCCAGUUAAAAUUAUCAUUCCGACAUUCUCUUGUAUUAUCUAAGAACAUAUUGAAUGAAAUGUCCAAAUUAAUAGUAAAAAUAUACUAAAACACAGAGAAUCGCAUGCCCUCGGAAUGGCUUAAGUGGAUUAGAAUUAAUCUUAUCACUGGAAAUCUGAAGCCCCAAAAAUGUUUGAAAAAUCCACAAACUUAAUAUUAUUUAAUCCUCGUGCAAGCACAUGUACGAAGGGUAUUUCGACUGAAGUUAAAACAAAAAAAUAAUUAGAAACGCUUAUUAAGAAAGCACGUAUAAAAUUAGGUAUAAGUCAUUCAAAGACAGUAUAAUGGAGAUUGAAGAUGACUACGCAUAUGUAUAAUCGUGUAAGAUCAAAUGAAAUUUGUAUGUGUGUUUAGUAUGCAUUGAUGUAUAUUUAAAAUCGUGGUAGGUAUUUUGAAUAUGGUAAAGGUGAAAUUCAAAGAACUCAACUAUAAGUUUUAUGUUCUUAUUUGUUUUGUUUUAUUUUAAUGUUUUCAUUUGAAAUAAUACCAUUUUAUUUUGUAAAUGAGCCAACAGUAUAGAGAAGUGAUUCUUAACAUUAAAUAAAAUAUAUAUGUAUAUACAUACAUCAUACACAUACUUACUUAUAUACAAGAAAUGUUUAGGUGAAACGUUAAAAACUUUGUAAAUUUAAUAUAACUUAACUAAAAAUUGAAAAUAAAUAAAAAAAAGGGGAUGAUAAAAAAAAAUUAUAAUAUAAAAAAUAUAUUGAGGCAUCUUGUGCUACCUUCGUGUGAAAAUUAAAAGGUUACAAUUAUAAAUAGUCUAUAUAUAGUAAAUAAUACGAUACAUUAGAGCGUGAUUACAUAAGCGUGUCUAUAAUUUAGUCCGACAAACAUGUGUUAAAAAUGUAGGCAGAACAAAAUUUGCCACAGCGAGUUAACUAUUUACAAAUUAUAAUUCAAGACCCAGGAAACAGCUACAUCCCAUAUUUCAUCUUUGGGAUGAAAUCUCAAAUCUUGAUUUUUUGCGAUUAAAUUUAAAUAUAACACGUUUAUUGUGCAUUUAGUGUAAGCUUCUUUAUGUUUUUCGUGUUUUCUCUUUGUUUCAUAAAUCUGUGCUAGUUAACCUACUGCAAUUCUGCCUUAAAAAUUAAAUUCUUUAAAUUUCCAGAAUUUUCGAACUCUAGGCGAAUUGUAUUCGUGUACUGCCACAGCAAACCUGAACACUAAACCGAAUUUAUUACGAUCCAACGGUAACAACCAAAAUCUGAAUUCAGUCCCAUUCUAUGAGUGAAUACCUUAAAAAUAUGCAUUGCUCUACUUAGGCCUGUACCCGACACUUGCUGUAUAGGUAAUGAUGGUUUAUAAAGUUACAACUUUUAUAUUUUGUAACAUUAUAAGCUACUUACCUUGACAGAUAAAAUAUAAAUGCGGACCGUACUGUUACUUAAUCAAAUACUUAAUAUCAUACUUACAACCAACAUUACAUACUACAAACAAACAUACAUAGAUUCAUACAAUAGAACCGUAACUAAGUACAUAAUAAGACAAGAGUCAAAAUAAUAUAAUGAGUCGUUAGGAUAAUACAUAUUCAUACAGCACACAUUACAUACAAACAGUUUUAUAUGCGAGCAACUUUUUUAAAUUUGAAAAGCAGAUGCUCACAAAAAACUUGAUAUUUAAAAACAUUCGGCCGCGUUGUUUGCGAUAGUAAACAAACUAUGUUCCCCCUAACCUACCUUCAUUUCCGUCUAGGACAAUGCUUUUUUCACGCUACCAUCAUAAAAAGGCAUACACCAAAACAUUCUCAGAUCGUUAUAUUUAAAACUUUUUUAAAUGCACUCUUAUUAAGUUUUUGUAAUAGGUGCUGGCGCAAAAAAUUUAUAAUUAAUACUGGAUUAUUUAUUAUUUUAAUAAAUUUAAUAUUUUAACUGAACGAAAUUAGUAUAUAUUGUGGCGAAUAACUGAGUCGUUUUAAUUUGGAAUUUGAAUAAUAACAUAAUUAUAAUUAAAAAUUAAAUUGAAUCCUGUUUGACAUAGGUAGACGGCUCUGUAUCGUUUACAAAAAAUAUAAAUUCUCAUUUUAUUUCUAAGAAUACAAUGACUAUGAACAAAACAACUGUAAACAUAAUGAGACAACCCAAAUCAAAUUGCAAAACACAAGGCCGACUAAUUUGAUUUGAUUUAAUUGAAUUCAACAAUUUAUUACACUAUGCAUUCACGCUAGUAAACACUUGUAUUUGUAUGUUACCGGAGAGAAGAGUAUAUUGUAGUUUUUAAUAGUAGCUCAGCAUAUUUAUAUCUACUUAUACGACGGUUUAAGGAGUAACAUAAGCAAGUGCAUAUGACAAAAACUAUGUAUGAGCAUAACAGAUAGCCAAGCAUCAAGUAAUAAUGGAGAUGUGACAUGCAGAUGAUAAAAUAUAUUAAUGAAAAUAAAAAAAUUUUGAAUUUACAUCUAAUUUUAAA